CCCUCUGACCCGGAAAUGUUCACUUACAUUUAACAACAACAUCGAUACAUGCCAGCUAAGUCAGUUGUGCGUUUGAGCAGUUGUAAGUUUUUACAUCAAGAUGUCAGUGGAGCUUGACGUGUUUGUGGGAAACACCACCAUCAUGGACAAGGAGGUGUAUCAGUUAUGGCUGACUGGAUAUACAGUGCAAGAUGCUGUAAAAGUGAGAAUAGAAGGAGGUGUGAUGGAGGAAUGUGAGGCCAGUCCCGAGGUCCUCAUGAGUGACACUAUGGACCAGUUCCGAACCUUUCAGAUGUGUGAGAGGCUUUUACAAAAUCCAGCAAAGCUAGCUAACCAACUGCUGUUUCAGAUACCACCAGAUCGACAAGCCAUGCUGAUAGAAAGAUAUUAUGCAUUUGAUGAUUCCUUUGCACGCGAGGUCCUUGGAAAGAAACUCUCCAAAGGGACAAAAAAAGACCUUGAUGAUGUUAGUGCAAAAACCGGCAUUACGCUUAAAAGCUGCAGGCGACAGUUUGACAACUUUAAACGCGUGUUCAAAGUGGUGGAGGAACUGAAGGGCCCCCUGGUGGAAAAUAUUAGCCAACACUUUCUGCUCUCUGAUCAGCUGGCAAGGGAUUAUGCAGCCAUAGUAUUCUUUGCCAAUAAUCGUUUUGAGACGGGAAAGAAGAAGCUUCAGUAUCUCACCUUUCAGGACUUUGCCUUCUGUGCUGGGCAGCUUAUUAGCAACUGGACGGUUGGAGCUGUAGAUAAUAUGGUGGAUGAUAUGGAUGUGGAUCUAGACAAAGAGUUCCUUCAAGACCUCAAAGAUCUCAAAAUGUUAAUCACAGACAAGGAUCUUUUGGACCAGCACAAAAGUUUAGUAUGUGUAGCUCUGCGAGGAAAGACCAAGGUCUUUAAUGAGAUGGAAGCCAAUUUUAAGAAUCUCUCCAGAGGACUUGUCAAUAUUGCAGCCAAAUUAACAAACACGAAGGAUGUCCGUGAUUUCUUUAUUGAUCUUGUGGAAAAGUUUAUUGAGCCUUGCAGAUCAGAAAAAUGGACAUCUACAGAUGUCAACCUCUACCUCACCCACUACACAAACUCGGCACACAUACUAGACACUUUUAAGCACCAGACUGUCUGGACAAGAUAUAUGGGAGUUAUUAAAAGCUGCAUCCUCCGAAUGUAUCAUGAAUGAAGAAAAAUCUUUUUUCCCCUUGCUUCAUUCCUUUUCUCUUUUUUUCAUCUUUAAUCAUCACAACUGCUUCAAAAUCAAUCCAGCCACGCUCACUGCUCUACCCUUUUUUAUUCCAAAUCUCUUCAUAAUUCUCCUUCUCUAAUCUUUAUCCAAAUACCUCUUUCCAACAGCUGGCCAACAACCUCCCCCUCGCUCCCCCCUUCCCUAUUAUCAUCCGUUUAUUCCUUUACCCUUUGGUAACUGUCAAUCACAGGAUGACUUGUAAAUAAACAGAGUUUUACAGA